GAUCUGUACAAGAUUUAUUUACUGAACUGUGUGUAGAAGUAGACAAACUGGCUAGACAUAUCUUUGUUGCUCAAUGGCAGUACAGAUGGUUCUCACAGUUGACAAAACAAGUGCCAAGCAAGUGGUUGGUAAUGGUUGCUGACUUUGCAGAGAACUAUCGCUGCUGUCAUCAGGAUGAGAUACAGAGUGCUUACUACCAGUACCAGCAGGUUACGAUUCAUCCUAUUGUAGCAUAUUACAGAUGUGACAAAUGUGAAGAUAUUGUGUGUGAAUCGGCAGUUUUCAUUAGUGGAGACCUGGUACAUGAUGCAUAUGCAGAUGAACAGUUUACUAGAUCAUAUGAAGAAUAUCUGAAGGAAACAGGGAUGGAAAUUGAAAAGGAGGUACUUUUUUCAGAUGGAUGUGCUUCUCAGUAUAAGUCAAAAUUGCCAUUUUACUUCCUGUCAAAACAUGGUUCAAAUUUUGAGCGUGCGUAUUUUGGAUCACGCCAUGGAAAGGGACCUUGUGAUGGAGUUGGAGGAGUUGUGAAGAAGUCUGCAGAGACAUUUGUGAAAGGUCGACAGGGUGUUAUUAGAACACCAAAGGAAUUCUUUGAUUAUUGCCAGAAAUAUCUCCAGAAAGGAAAAAGUAAUAUUACUGAGGAUUGUGUCCACAAAAAAACGUGUAUUUUUAUGUUGAACGCAUAGAAAGGCCUGAACCAAAAGCAUUGAAAGCAUUAGUUGGAACUCGUAGCAUCCAUAGUGCUAGAGGUACCAUUGAAUCAGGACAUGUUGAAGUACGCGAGCUUAGCUGUUACUGUGUACACUGUCAGGGUAAUCACUACAUAACAUAUGGUAGGUGCAUGGAAGGAUCACUGCCUUCUUCCUGGAGAGAAAGGGAAAAAACUGAUAGAAAAAUUACAAGCAAAAGGACAGCCAACAUACCUAGAAAGUCAAUGAAGA